AUGGUCAACAGAGGGGAGGAACAGGGAGCUGACCAGCCUGAACUGGAAUGUUGUGACCUUUCACAGCCCUGGGAUGCAGUGACUUUUGAUGAUGUGCAUGUGAACUUCACUGGAGAAGAGUGGAAUUUGCUGGAUCCUUCCCAGAAGAAUCUCUACAAUGAUGUGAUGUUGGAAACCUACAUGAACCUCAAAGCUAUAGGAUAUAAUUGGGAAGAGUAUCAUCUUAAAGUUCAUUGUCAAAGUAGUAGAAGAAAGGAAAGGUAUACCUUGUGUCAAAAUGGAUCAAAACCAUGUGAGCAUAGAGAUAUUGAAAGAAGCAACAUAAAAUUUUUGUUCUAG